AUGGGGAACACGGUGAACCUCACCAGCUGCAGACUCUACGGGGGGCAGAAGUACAGACUUUUUGUGUACGUCGAGGAUGGGCACGUCAAGAACGACGGCGUGCUGGCAGAGCCAAUGGAGGUGAUGGUGCCGCCUUCCAACAGCUUCGCAGGAGUGUACCCCUACCCAAGCCUGGCGGCCACGCCGACGCCGAGCCAAGUUGUCAUCGAGCUGGAGCCUCGCGAGGCGGGCAUGGCCUGGGCGGUGGUGAUCCCGGAGCUGGAAGCGAUCAGCGCCACGGUGGCCUCCAUCAAGGCAGCCACGGGAGCCAUGUGCUCGACUGCCAGUGUUGCUCUGACCAGUGGGAUGCAGAGCUUCACCAUCGACAGUUGUUCUUUGAGCCUCGAGGUACUUUACAAGGCGAUGGUUUACAUCGAGGAUGGAAUGGCCGAGAACGACGGCAGCUUUGCAGCGGUGGACGUGAUGGUGCCGUCGAAUGGCACGACCAAUGCCUUCUCUGCGUACCCAAAGCUGGUCUCCAUCGCCGGUGCCGUUGCCAGCUCCGAUGGGGUCACCUUCACCGUGACCGCCUCCGGCAUGGACGGCCGGCUCUGGGCCAUGGUGGUGCCGGACUACGUGGAGAACUGCAUGACCGUCAGGGCCAUGAAGUUCCUGCGGGAUGCGCUCUGCAGCCGCUGGAACUAUGCCAUCAACGACCAGCCGCAGAGCAUCAGCAUCAUGGGCUGCAAUCUGAAAGGUGGUGACACCUAUCGCCUCUUCGUCUACGUCGAGGGGACUUACAAUGGGGACGAUGGUGUCAUCGCACCUGCAGUGCAGUUCGUGGUGCCGCACACGAACACUUUCUUGAUGCAGCCGACCGUGACCAACAGCUUAGUUUCCCCCGACGGCUUUCAGCUGACGUUUCAGGCGGAGACGGAGGGAGCGGUCUGGGCCAUGGUGGUCGCCAACAUCCACGAGCAGUGGGUGGACCCCAAUGCCAUCAAGGUGGGCACCUACUCUUUGGGCAGCGCGCUGUGCCACCUCCAGGGCGAGGUCAUCAGUGGUGGGGUCGAGACGAUCGCUCUUUCGCAGUGUGCGUUGCAGCGUGGGGUGACAUACAAGGCUUUCGCCUACGUGGAAGGCCUUAACUCAUCCUAUACGGAUGGACAAGCUUCGCAGCCUGUCUUGGUUUUGGUGCCCGUGGUUUCCAUGCGAUUCAAGACCGAGCCCUUCCUGGCGGAGUCUGUCUUGACUAGCCGUGUGGCCUUCAAGUUCACCACGGAGGCCACGGAUCAAGGUGCUGCCGCAGUGGUCGCAGGAAACGUCUGGGCCAUGGUGGUCCCGGAGCUCCAGGCCCCACAGGUGACGCGCUGGAGCCUGAAGUCCAUGAUGGGAAGCCUGGCCAUGGGAGGUCCCAGCUGCCGCAUCGAUGGCGAGAGCACGGUGGGAGGCACGGCGGUGGUGUCGCUCACCGAGGUCUCUGCCAUGUUGGAAGACUGUCAGCUACGACACGGGUCGACCUACGAGCUGGUGGUCUACGUGGAGGACUUGGACAACCGAUCCGAUGGCACGAUCGUGUUCACUAAGAUUUACACCCCACCAGGCGUCUCGAACAGCUUCAAGUAUCUGCCCAUGAUCGAUGGGAACGUUACAGGGGAGGAGGUCACAGUGCAGUUUGCGGGGACCAACCCGAUGGGCAAAGCCUGGGCGGUCGUGGUGCCGGCCAGUGCAGUGAGUUCGGCCACCGCCAGCUCAGUGAUGUCUGGGACUGGAGCCCUUGGUGGGCCCGACUGCAUGAUCGCGGCCAUGGACGUUGACGACAACGUGACACAGGUGGACUUGGAGAACUGCUCAAUGGCCUUCUCGUCAGAUUACGCCGUGCUCGUCUACGUGGCGGACAUGGGCAUGCACGACGACGGUGCCUUGGCAGCAGCACCCUUCCGCUCCCCUGCCUCUAACGACUUCGCCACUGCCCCGAUGCUUCUUGGCACGCCAAGCACCGCUGGCUUGAGUGCCACCUUCCAGGCCAGCAAGGCAGGAAAUCUUUGGGCAGCGGUCGUGAGCGAGGCGAAUGCCGCCCUUGUGACAGUGUCCACGGCGAAAGCCGCCAACAUGUGGGCGUACGGAGCGCUGACGUGCCGCAAGAGCCAGGAGGCUCUCCGAAACGUACCAGGGCUGAAGCGCUUUGGGGGUGGAACGGUGGAACGCCAGGCCAUCUCCGGAAUGACCUUGAUGACGCUGAUGAAGCUCCUGCGGCCCGGCCGUACAAAGGGGGCUCAGAAGCGGACGCUUGCUGUGCUAAUGCUGCUGCCGGCAGCGGUGGUCGCCCAGGAGGAUGAUGAGGACCCAGAUGCCCCGCCGGAUUUCGAUGAGCUGCUGGGUGAGAUCGACGAGAACAAGGAUGGCAAGAUCUCGUGGGAGGAGAUGUUCGGAAGUGAUGCGGAUGUCCCAGAUGGAGAGGAGGGCAUGCCCGCAGACAUCAAGGAGAAGUACCAAGCGGUAUACAAGGAAUGCGAUUCCGACGGCGACGGCCUCAUCAAUCGCGAGGAGCUGCCGACGCUCUUCAGCAAGCUGACAGCCAUGGAGGAAGAAGAGGGCAUGCACGAUGACAAGGAUGAAGCCGAAGUGGUAGGCUCCUCUGAUCAUUGCGGCUCUAAGAGCUGCGUGGAGAUAGGAAAGAGGGAUCGGAUCUCUGAUAAGGUUCAGCUUCUUCGCACUAGCUUCCACACAGCACUGGUGCAGGUCUAUGUCGAGGAUGAGAACCUCAUGGGGGAUGGCACUUUGUCCAUGCUGGCGGUCCCAGGCUCCAGCACUUUUGUGAGUGGGCCGAGCAUCAGCGGCACGCCGACCAACACGGACGUGAGCUUCGACUACACGGUGGCCCACGACGCCGGAGCCACGAUCGGCUUGAUCUGGGCCUCCAUCGGCACGCCUGCGGCUGCUGCAGCCCUUGACCUCGUCUCUGUGAAGCUCGCGACGGGGAUGAUCUGUGGCGUCUCCGGCAAGGCCAUUUCCACCGGCGCACUGUCGGAGACCCUCACAGGGGCCGAGGGCUGCAGCCUGGAGCGGGGGAUCGAGUAUCAUCUGGUGGUCUAUGUCGAGUCCUCCGGGAACACCGGAACUCUGGCGGCGCCGGUGCCCUUCACUGUGCCGACCUCCAACAGCUUCACCUCCGACCUGCAGGCGUCGAAUGCGACGUCGGAAGGUGUGGACAUCCACUUCACCGUGCAACAGAACGGGAAAGCCUGGGGCGUCGUGGUCGAAGCAGCGAACGUGGCCUCGGUGAACGUGGCCACCAUCAAAGCUGGCACAGGUGCCUAUGGUGGCGUCUGCUUGGUGGCGGAUCAGGCGAUCACCGCGGGGGCUAUGGAGACCAUGUCAUUCACUGGCUGCUCCCUGGUCAUGGCCGCAACCUACAAAGCCUUCGUCUACGUGGAGGAUGGCAGUGGCCUGGGCGACGGCAGCCUCUCCGGGGCUGUGGAUGUGGUGCUCCCUGCGUCCAACAUGUUCCAGAUCAUGCCAUAUGAGCUCAGGACGCCUUUCCCGACAAGCAUUAGCCACUCCUUCGCCCCAGCCUAUGACGGCAAAGUCUGGGUGAUGCUCACCUCCAGCACAGCCUCCCGCACGCCUGCGGAGAUCAAGGCCCUGCACAUGGCCUCUGGGGGCGCCACCUGCAACGUGCAGGGUGCGGACGUCUUCCAAGGGAUGGAAUUCGAGAUCGGCAACUUCACGGCCACGCCACCGGGCUGCACACUCACGGCGGGGCAGAGCUACACGCUCCACGUCUACGUGGAGGAUGACAAGGGCAACAAUGACGGCACCGUGGCGACGGUCAUGGCCAAUGUGGUCCCGGCCACCGCCCCAAACUCCUUCCAGGAGAGCCCCAAGCUGGUCUCGGCGCUCACGGGCGGCGGCUUCGAUGUGACUUAUCGCCUCGCCAUCGCUGGCCGGUUCCAUGCCAUCGUCACUGCGCAAGGGGCGAUGGUCAGCGUGGCCUCCUUGCUCGCGGGCACAGAUGCCAUGGGCGACACGACCUGCAGCUUUCUGCCAGAGGUUGCGGUCGUGGUGGCGGCAACGACGCUGCAGACCCAAAGCUUCACGGGCUGUGGACUGCUGGGAGGAACCGACUACGAGCUCUGGGCGUAUGCGGAUGACAUGCCCGGGGCGGUCUGGCCCACGGGUGCCGCGGCCACGGAUGGCACGCUCUUCGGCCCGAUGCUCCUCAGCAUCCCGUUCUCCAAUCGCCUUGCCGACCCUGCGCAAGUGACCUUCGUCAGUGGCUCCACGGUUACCGUGGAAAUCAACACCACCGCGGCUUUAGGGCACGCCUGGUUGACGGUGUAUCCAGCAGCCACCGUGGUUGACGUCGCUGCCGCGAGAAACGUGAGCAAUGCCCUUUGCGGCGUGGCUGCCGUCCAGGUCGAUUCUUCAUCCAAUGCGGAGCUGUCGGCAACCAUGUGCGAGCUGGUUGGAGGUGUGGAAUAUCAGGUUGCAAUCCUCGUGGAGGAUCGCAACGAUCGCAAUGACGGAGAGCUGACGGUGCUCUCUGGCUCCGUGGUGGGAGCGAUUCCUGUUUCGAACAGCUUCACGAUGGCACCGCGCAUCUCCAGCUCCAUGACUGCUGCCGGGGUUUGGGUGACGUUCUCGGCGCAAGCCGCCGGGAAAGGCAACGUCUACCUGCUGAAGGACACGGCGCCAGCCUUCGUGGACGUCGUGUCGCUGCGGUCUGGGCUUUCAAGCGACCUCAUGUGCAGCAAGAUGAUGAUGGUUUCGGGUGGCGAGCAGAGCGAGGAGCUGUCAAGCUGCGCGCUGACCCAUUCUGAGAGCUACAAGGUCUACGUCUACGUCAGCGACUCUUUGGCUUUGACCGACGGCACGCUGUCGGCAGGCCUGCCGGCGACGGUGGUUCCGGGCGAGUCCAACUACUUCACAGAGGUGCCGCAGCUCUCCGGCGCUCUCACGACCUCUGGCUUCAGUGUCGGCUUCUCUGUGGCGACUGAGGGCGUCGCUUGGGUGAUCGCCAUCCCAGCCGCCGAGGCAGCGUCGGCGACGGCGAUGACCGUCACCAGCGGCUACAGCGCCAUCUGCUCCAGCCUGGGUGUGGCGCUGCCGAGCUCCGGAAGCCACGUGCUUGCUGUCACUGGCUGCAGCUUCAUAGCCAGUUGGAGCUACGCCGUUCUCGUCUACGUGACGAACCAGGCCGCGGGCCACGAUGGCGCUCUCUCUCCUCCGGUGCCACUUCAAAUUACGCCCUCCAACGACUUUGCCGUGCUGCCCUACUUAACGGAGGUGCCCACGCCGGACAUAGUGAAAGCCAGCUUCAUGGGCACGGCCUCCACAGGCCGGGCCUGGGCUUGUUUGGUGCGGGCCGAGAACGCCAGCGACCUGACGGUGCAAGACGUGAAGAAUGGUUGCAGUGGCUGCUCUUCUGGCGAGGCGAUGCUGAGCAACUCGGAAGAGUUGGAGAUCAACAUGACCGGCUGCGGCCUGGAAGUGGGUGUGGAGCACCGCCUGGUUGCUUAUGCAGAGGACGGCAACUACGCUGGGGACGGCUACAUGACAAUGAACCUGGCCGUGAAAGUCCCGACCUCCAACGCCUUCGUGUCGCCUGCCAAGAUCGUAGAUGACAUGGUCACAACUUACGGCUGCACUGUGGAGUACGAGGUGGCUAACGCAAUGGGCAAGGUCUGGGGUCGGGUGGUCAAUGCCGGGCACGCGAGUCUCGUGACCAUGAACGUGAUCAAGUACAACAGCCCCGCCAUCUCUGUCGGAGCUGGUCCCUGUCACCUGGUCGACGAGACGAAGGCUCGCGGCAAGCACACGAUCACCUUCGAUUCGUGCAACCUCACCAAAGGCACCAGCUACCAGAUCUACCUCUAUGCAGAAGACAUGUCCGACAGCGGUGACGGGAUGUUGAGCGAGGCCAUCACCUUCAGCGUGCCGCCCUCCAACUGGCUGGACCAGUCGCUGGAGUUGACGAGCACGCCCACAACCGACGGCGUCUCGUUCUCCUUCGCGGGUGGAGUUGCUGUGGGAAGAGCAUGGGCACAAAUCCUGCUGACGAAGGAUGUGGCACUUGCAACGGCCGCCGACAUCAAGGCAGGCACCUACGCCAUGGGAAUCGGCAGCUGCCGGCAGGACGAUGUAAAUGUCGGGAUGAGCGCCCUCUACUGGACACUGUCCGGAUGCAGCUUGACGGCACUGGUCGACUACAGUGUGGUGCUCUACGUCGAGGACAUGGCGGGGAUGGACGACGGCCAGUUGUCGAGUGUUCAGCUGAUCGUGCCCUCGACCGUGAGCAACUACUUCGUGGAGACCCCGUCUGUGCUGGGAAACGUCACCUCAGAUGGAGUGACGCUGAGCUUCAACGCCCAAGCUGCCAGUGGCAUGGCUUGGGGCUUCAUUCUCGAGGUGGGCUCCGCCAGCAUCGCCUCGAGCAAAGAGGCCAAGCUCGCGCAGAACUCCGUCGGCGGCGCUGGCUGCAAGCCGUUGGAAGUCGCCAUCGACAAUGCCAGGCAGAGCAUGCUGUUCACGGACUGCGACCUGGUGCCAGGACAGACAUACCGCGCGGUCGUCUAUGUCGAGGCUACGGCGACCUCGAUAAGCGCAGUGGAUGGGGUGUGGCAAGGCGUGGACAUCACGGUUCCCCUGCUCGAGGCACUGGAGGACCCUUUGGCACGGCAGUUCCGAGACUUGCAGGUGCAGUCGGGCCAAGACUACGUCUACCACGUCAGGGCCGUGAACUUCAUCGGCGUCGGGCAGCCAUCCCCGGCCUCGGCCGAGAUCCGAGCCGGCAAUGCUCCAGCAGCACCCGGGCUGCCGGUCAUCGCCACGAGGGCGCUGACCUCCCUGACCGUGGAGUGGGCUCCACCUUCGGCUCUCGGUUCGCAGAUCCUGAGCUACCGGCUCUUCAUGUCCGGUCCGCUCGACGGUGGCGUCUACCAGGAAGUCUACAACGGCCCAGAUACCGCCUACACGAAGGCGAUGCUCACCACCGGCACCGUCUACUACUUCCGCGUCUCUGCAGUCAACCACAACGGUGAGGGCUGGCGCAGUGCCGCGAGGGAGGCAGCGGCCUGCGUGCUGCCGUCGAUGCCCAGCAACUUCACCGUGAAGUCGCGGAGCACAUUGGGCGUGACCGUGGAGUGGUCUUCACCCAUCGCGGACGGCGGCUGCCCCAUCCUCUCCUAUGUCGUCACCCAGGAUGGCGUCCUGGCCGCGACGCAGACACACAGCGAGUACUCGUUGCCUUUAGUCGUGCCGGCGCAGACCUACACUUUCAGCGUGUGGGCGACCUCGCGUGUAGGCAACUCCCCGAGCACGUCCACUCUGACAGUGGUUGCUGCAGAGGCUCCCGCGAAGGUCAUCAACCUGGUGAUCACGGCCAUGUUGGCCAGUGGCAUCACACUGUCCUGGGACGGCGUGCCGAGCAACCUCAACGGAGGGGUGCCGGUGACCGGAUACCGUGUGUAUGUCGGCGGCGUGGAUCAACCGUACACGCCCGGAGCUUAA